AUUUCAUGCUAAAAUUCCCAAGUAUUAUUGGUUGUUUUUAAACUCAUGCCAAAAACCAUAUUCACCUUUUCUUUUCAUUAUAUUUGGAGUUUUAAAUCGGAAAUAAAGAAAUUUUCUUUUAUUAUGACGAUAAAUAUAAUAAUUAAAAAAAAAAAAAAAACAUAUAAUAAUUCCCACCAGGAUCGCCACCAUUCCGAGGACUUAGUGACUUGAAGCUGGUAGUGGUAGGAGUUGAAGGUAAAGAAAGAGAAAACAUGGCGUUGAAUCCAGGCGUUAAAUCGGCGGCUAAAAGUUGUGUAGGGUCGGAAGUUGGGUUAGUUCGGUGGCGGCGUUUAUUUUGGAAGGAGAAGGAGAUAUGCGAUUCGAAUACUUCGGUGUCUCUGACGAAGAGGUUGCUUCAGGAACCAACCUCUUCCAUCAAAACAACACUUGAUUCGCUGGUUCUUCAGCCCUCCCAGUUUACCUUGGAAACCCUACUUUCUUCUCUUACUUCUUCUUCUUCCGCCUCCCUUGACAAAGCUCACCUGGUUUUGGAAUGGAGUUCGGAGAAAUUGCUGAAGGAGAAUGAGAGAGAUCAUGAUAAGUACUCCGAGCUUAUAUAUUUAUGUGGAAAGAUACGGAAUCUCCCACUCGCAAUGAACAUUUUCACUUCAAUGGAAGCUCGUGGAAUUAAACCCAAUUCUUCCAUUUUCAAUUCUCUCAUACACGUUUGCUUCUCUUCGGGUAAUAUGGCUACAGCCCUCAGCUUAUUUGAGAUUAUGCAGAGCUCAGAAGGAUUUAAACCCAACUCAGACACCUAUGAAGCUUUUAUAUCUGGGUUCUCGAAGUUGGGUAAUGUUAAUGCCAUGCAAGCUUGGUACUCUGCAAAGAAGGCUGCUGGGUUUGCUGCUCAGCUUCAAACCUAUGAAUCUCUGAUUUCAGGUUGCAUAAAAUCAAGGAAUUUCGAGACUGCUGAUGGACUCUUUAGGGAAAUGAUACUGACAGGGUUUGUACCUAACUCAAUCAUACUGGACAGUAUGUUGGAAGGGCUUUGCAAGAGAAGAAAUUUAGUUGGAGCAAAAAAGUUUCUGAAUUUGGUAGUAGAUGGGGGAUGGGAUAUUAAUGAGCUGAUGGUUGAGAAGCUUGUGGGAUUGUACUUUGAAGUUGGGAAUGUAGAAGACAUGGAGGAACUUCUUGCAACUCUAAUGGAGGCAAAUAAAGCAUCUGAAAUUUUGUCACCGGUUCAUUGUGGGAUUAUAAGGAUGUAUACAUUGUUGGAUAGAUUGGAUGAUGUAGAAUAUGCUGUAGGGAGGAUGUUGAAACAAGGAUUGUCAUUUAAAUGUGCAGAUGAUAUUGAGAAGGUAAUUUGUUCCUACUUUAGGCGAGCAGCUUAUGAUCGGUUAGAUUUGUUUUUGGAACGUAUUAAGAGUUCUUAUGAACUUACAAGAUCAACUUACGAUUUGUUGGUUGCUGGUUAUCGAAGAGCUGGGUUAUCUGACAAGUUGCAUUUGGUGAUAAAUGAUAUGAAAUCAGCUGGAUGCUAACAAGUUGCAUUUGGUGAUAAAUGAUAUGAAAUCAGCUGGAUUCUUAUAGCAUCCUUUAUGCUCAAUGCUAUGCAUUUUUAUAUGUUUUGGUCCAUCUAUGCACGGUAUGAAAACAAAGCAAGCAAAGCCUCUAGGCACUCGACCAAAACCAAAGCGAAUGGAAGGCAUGCAAGCAAGAAGAUGUAUAUUAAGCCCUCAGAAAUGACCAGAGAAUUCCUUUGGUAGAAUCGAGCUAGCCAUCUUCUUUCAAAGGAAAUGCAAGAAACUCGAUGUUCCCAAAAGGGCCUUGCAGAUUUUCUUAUGGAGAGAGAGGAAAUACCAAGUUUAGUUUUGUGGAAUAAAUUUCUAGGCAAAAGAAUCUGGACACUCUUACAAGAAACUAAAUCUGAAAGUUUCUUUUUAGUAAUUUGCUACGAGUCCAUUGGCCAAAUUAUAUUUUUUUAGUAGUUUAAACUAGAGUAAGUAACUGCAUUCCCAUGUUAUGUUAGUAUAGAAGCAAUAUAUCAUAAAAACCCAAUGAAUGGUUUUAAAAGUAGUUUAUACAAAUGAAAAGGACUGUGCCAGAUUCGUUGUCA